UCUUAAUGUCAUCGAAUAUUAUUGGAUCCAAUACGUAUAAUAAUAAGAUUGCUAUUAUUUCCCCAUUCAAUUCCGUCAGAUGUGCAAUGAGAGUCCUCCUUGAAUAUGUAGUUCAGUGCUGUGUAUUGUAAGUUGGCGGCCCUACAUACUAAGCUUCAAACGGGAUGCUGUCAUGGCAGAUAACAGCGAAUUAUUAUUUUUUGACACAUUUUCUCAUGAAAGUUCUGAGGAAAUCAAUUUAGAUCUGGUGCAGUUCCCAAAACCUGUGUUCAUCAGUGAAGUAAGGAUUAUACCACUCGGAGCACGUGUACAAGCAGAUUUCCCAGGUGGUGUAAGAUUGGGUGCAACAAACCCCUCGCAGUUUGAAAUAGAGUUCUUCGUGAAUGACCUGAGUAAACCGGGAGCUUCAACGUUUGAGAGCCUUGGUGACUUAGAAUACAAGCAAAAUGUAAACAUUCAGUUAGAAUGUGACAGAAGGAUUCCAACAGAUGGUCUGGUGUUACGAGGCUGGUACACAACCAUCACAUUGGCCGUAUAUGGAGUUCUCACAAAGUCAGUUCAGGAACCAGUGGUUCCUCCAGCCCCUACUGUUAUGGGCCCAUUGCCUGUUCCCCCGUCAGUUCCCUGUCCCGAUCCUAGAGUUCCUUCAGAAACUAUAACUGCCAGCAGUGCAACAGCAGAGUGGGUUCAACAGCAUGCCCAGGUGUCAGACAUUGCACCACCUGUCGACAGAGGGUACAUGGUGGAGACAAGUAUUCCUCCACCAGAUCCAUACACCAACAGUUAUUCAACUGAGCAGUACCAUCCAGCACCAGACUAUCCCCCACACCCGUAUAGAGAAGAGUGGCCACAGCAGCCUCGUGCACCUCUUCAUCAGCCAGAACAGUACGAACCUCCCAAAGACCCCAGACCACUACCACCAUACGAUGGGGAGCCAUUACCGUGGGAUAGUGGUGGUGUAGAUGAAAAGUUACCUUGGGAGAGGGACCGGGGGAAGGAAAGAGAGAGAGAUCGCGAUCGCGAUCGUGACAGGGACAGAGAACGGGAAAGGGAUAGAGAGAGAGACAGGGAUAGAGAUAGAGACCGGGAUAGAGAUAGAGACCGGGAUAGAGAAAGAGAACGGGAGCGUGAAAGGGACCGUGAUCGUGAAAGAGAGAGAGAGCGUGAAAGAGAGAGGGAUCGAGACAGGGACAGGCAUCGGGAUAGAGAUAGGGACAGGGACAGAGAUAGGGACAGAGACAGGAGUAGAGACAGAAGUAGGGACAGAAGUAGAGACAGGGAUAGAGACAGAGACAGGGACAGGGAUAGGGACAGAGAUAGGGACAGGGACAGAGACAGAGACAGGGACUUCAGGGAUCGGGAACCCGAUUGGGACGAUAGAAACCGAAUAAGGGACGACAGGGAACGCAGUACGAGUAGUGCUCGGGAGUACAGAGAGGUUUCGAGAGAACGAGAUCGAGACAGGGACAGGGACAGGGACAGGGACCGCGACAGGGAUCGGGACAGAGAUCGGGACCGUGACCGUGACCGUGAUCGUGACUGGGCAGGAGCAGCACCCAGCUGGGGUCGCCGUGAACGCCCGGCUCUCACUACAGAGCAAGCACCUGCACCGUGGGUUAGUGGUUCGAAUGUUGUCACCGAGCCACAGCCAGAAUUGCAUCACCCGUACUUGACGCCAGUUCCACCCCAUCAUCCCCAUACAGAGCCCAGACAGCAAAGGCGGCUGCCGCAGCAGCCGUGGGACGCUUCCCCGGCGGUCGUACAGCCCGAACCCUUACCCGUGCCCGCCGCUGUGCCGGACACUAGGAAGAGGCCACGUUCGCCCCCUCCACAGGCCCCCGCCAUUGCUGCUGUCGCCUUACGCUCUCCCAAGAGGCCACGUAGUCCCCCUGCACCACUGCAGCCACUUCAGCAAGUGCAACUGCAACUACAGCCACAGCCGUUGCCACAGCAACCACAGUUGCAGCUCCAGCAGCAACCACAACCGAUACCGACUCAGCCUCAACCUCAGCCUCAGCAGCAGCCACCGCCACAGCAGCCUCCGCCACAGCAGCCGCCGCUGACACAGCAGCAGCAGCAGCUGCAGCUGCAGCAACAACAGUUGCCGAGUGCUGACGAUAGGACUCCGCCAUCUGUGACACAGCAAAGGUGGCUGCCCCUAUCACCCAGCAGAAAUGAGGUCAUCAGCGAAGUGAAGAAAGAAGUGAGUUCACCGACCCUGUCUUCUGGAGCUCAGCAGAAGUUUGACUCUCUUUCUCCUGGCGAUGUGGAGUCCAUAUCGGAAGGGGAGAUACCAGAAACAGAAGCAGAUAUGGAAGCCGAGUCAUCUGCAGUUACUGUCAAGGUGGAACCGCCGGAGAACGAGAACGGAACUGGACCUGUCGUGGAACUCGGCAGCUCGGCCGUGCCCGGCGAAGCGUCUUGUGAUGUUUUACCAGAAGUGGAUGCUUCAGUGAAACAGGGCUCGGAGACACCUCCAUCGGCAGUAACAUCCGUGGUGAACUUGAAAGUUCGACCUGUAACUCCACCUAUGCAGAACCCUGUUCCAGUUCUCAUACCUGUGAUUCCAGCUCCUGCAGCUGCUUCACCUGUGAAGGUUACGGUGCUUCCUGCAACGGGGAGCCCAACAUCUCACCCUACUCCUCCUCCUCCAGUUACCGUUACCCCACCUGCUGCCGCCGCUGUCCCUACAGGUGCUGACAGUGGUUCUGCCACUGCCUCAACUGCCAUGGUUAACCCCAUCAGUGUAAUUGCUCCAGCUUCCAGCCUGCCUGCUGCUGCAUCUGGUGGAAGAACAGAAACACCCACAGGUUCACCUUUUCCUGCUGAUGAACCCCAUGUUGAUGUGGAACCAUUUGAGCCCAUUCUUAGUGAUGAAGAGAUUGUCGAUGAAACGGAUCCACAGUUUCCAGAUAUGGAAUAUGAAUUCAAUGAUUACUGUGAUGAUGGCUCUAAAACUUUCAACCCGUUUGCAUGUGAACUUCAACCGUUAACGUAUCUCACAGAUCCAAGCCUGUCACCUUGUGAGGUGGAAUAUCACCGACGAGGCACUAGUAAGGAUUCGGCAGGUCUUGGCAGUAAGCUGAGAGAUCUGGUACUUAUUCAGGGUAAGGCAUGUGCAUCUAAACUGGAAACGGCACCGGGGGAGGAGUGGGUACAUCUGGCAGAGCAAGUGGCACCUAUUCUUACAGCAUCACUUCCUCAUCUACUGCCAGGAGCCAUUCAAGAUGUCAUUAAUGUACUUCUCAGCUGGGUACGUGUUGGACUGGAUUUCAAUCUUGCACUAAGCCAACCACAACCGGGAUACAAAGUGCGUCAUAUAAAGGCAGCUGUAAGACUUGUCGAAGCAAUGUGUCAUUGUGGGGAUACUGUUGUCACACGGCUUGUAAAUGAAGAAAACAUACAGUCCCGGCUCCUAGAUUUAUAUCACAAGGACCACAUGGCACUUUCCAUCAAAUUAAUGAUCCUCCGUGCAUUAGAUGCAAGUCUGUGUUGUCAACAGUCUGUUGAAUGCUUCCUAGGAGAAGGAGUGAAGAAAUUCAAGUACAAAGAAUUUCAAAAUAAUUUUAAAUUUAAAGAAGAGGAUGGAAAGAACUGUUACAAAAAUAGCUAUCGGACUCUCAUUAGAAUGUUGCAGGGAAACAGGUUAGCGAGAGUGAAAUUUGCAAUUAGUAGUCUUGUUAGAAAAUUACAUGUAUAUGAAAUACUCGAAAAACUGCAUGACAGUGUUAGACUGAUUUUGGAGACAAGUCGUACAAACAGUGCAAAUGUGAGUCACAGUAAUGAAACAAGUGAUGUGAAAUCCAAAGAUGAAGCAACUGUUGCAAAUGGUUGUAGUCCAGCAGAAGUUUCUGUGACUGAAGUGUCAGAACAGGAGUUGGACAUUGUUGUCAGCUGCUUGGAAGAGAUACUUCACAUUUAUCGUGAUGCUCCUCUUACUAUUUCUCAGCCAAAACGCUUUAUGCCAGUAUGUUCACAAUUUGAGAUAUCAGCUUGCCCUUAUGACCCAUAUCCGGCACUUUAUGCUUUUUUCCGCUGUCAUCACUUUCUGGAGACACUGCUUGUGCUUUUGUCAUGUCCAGUAACAGCAGGUUACUCACCUAUUAAUGGUUGUGUGCAAGAGAUACUGGCGGCAUUGCUGGAAACUCUUGAAGGCAUGCAAUUUCUAUCAGCUAAUCCAGAAGUUACAGUGGCAUUACUCAGAAUACUUUUAGUACAGCCAUCUGCUAUCUCUCCAGGUGCACCUGAAGACAGUUUAGAUGAAACUACUACAUUAGCAGCCCCUGCACAGCAGUUAGGGCUAUUUAUGGCAUACUGUUUGCAAGCUUUGCAGUAUAUUGAUUCUCUGUUUGAUGCAGCAGCUAGUUGUAAUGGUCAACCAGACCCAGAUCAGACUGAUGUCUUGGAAAAUCUCCACGGACUCUUCAGUUUGACAUUUUCCGCAUGCGGAAGACAUUCAGUAGUACACGUACUGUCCAGAGGAAAUGCCAUAACACCUUUAUUACAGUUUUUUGCCCAGAGUUUUGACCAGAUUCAGAAUCAACCUAUGCUGGGGCAACAGAUGUAUCCAAUAAACAAUGCAAAACUGAAGACAUCACCUGGUAGAUGCUAUGCUGCAGAUCUUAUAGUUCUGGUUGUGAGAUGUUCAGAUUAUGUUCCAUUCUUACAGAAAUUUGGUAAAGACACUUUCGAAAUUGCGUUAAAGGAGGAGCAUAACCCAUCAUCGAGACUGUUUGAAAUUAUUCCUUGGUUAAAGCCCAUCAAAAUUCCAUCAUUGUUUGUGUAUGAUGACAUCACUGCUCUCAGUGAAAUUGUUAAACAAAAUAUUGAUAGUGUAACAAUGUUGCCAGGAGAACUGAUAACAGCCUUGAGAAUACUAAAAUUCCUGGGGAUACCUCCAAGGGAGAAAGACAUGUCCUCUAUGCGUGGAGCUGUUGACUGUGAAGACUACGUUGAACUGAAAUAUAAAUAUGUCAUUCUUCAGCUCUUUUCCCUUGAUGGUGUCUCCAAUAUGGUAACUAUUUUGCAAAAAUUAUGUGAGUUCUACGAGCAACCUUCUUUACACGCAAUAAAUUUUAUUGGCCAGCAAGGUGUAACCUUGGUCUCAUUAGUACUGCCAACUGUCCAGUUACUGCGACGAAUGCUUACAUACGUCAUCCAUUGUCGAAAUACUGAUUUCAAGGAUCUAACAGCAGUGUCAGUGCUGCUCCAGACAUAUGCUUUGAUGCAUGCAUAUCCAGCGUCUGCUCUUGGUUUCAUGGAUUCACAGCGUGUUUGCAGAGAAAUAAUUGAAACAUUACUGGCUUACACACAGCCUGUUUCUUCAGACCCACACUCAGAAACUGAGGCUCUCAACAAAAGUCUUUGGACUAUGAUGCUAACUGAAGUUGUGAAGUAUGUGAUGACAAGUCCAUAUACGUUUAUUCCUGGUUUGCUGAUUCUGUCUGAAUUGCUCCCGCUGCCUCUGCCAAUUCAAACAAGGUCACCCUUGUUAGAGGAUGAGGUGAUAAGAGCAGUAAAUGGUCGAAAAUUGUGGAGUGCUCAUCUACAUCCUUUAGGCAGCAACCUACAUGAAUUGAUUGCAACUAUAAGUGGCAGCAGCUUUCAGCCUCUUCUGCAACUACUUAGAAGAGUGUGUGUACAGCUGGCAGAUUUGGCGGCUCCUUCAGCUCUUGUUGUAAGUCGUGCUAUUCUGGACACAGUGUUAGCAGAACUGCAGUCCACACAGCAGGUGCCACCAUCGUCAGCCGUAACCACGUCCACCACAGUGUCGGCCACUGCUACUGCUACCAUUGCCACCACUACAAUGACAACACCUGCUCCUGUGACAGCUACUACUACCACUACUGCUAAUACCAUUGUUUCAUCUGCUUCCUCUACUGCAGUUGUUCAAGGUGGAGCCACUUCGGUGACCUCUGCAGUGACUUCAACGGAGUUACCAUGUUCUGGCCAUGCAGCAAGAUUGUUGAACUUCUUGGCAUGCCUCAUGACCCAUGCCUCAGUUAAGGCUGCCAUUCUACAUUUAAUGGUUUCUGGAGGGCGGUAUGCAGCACUUCUGCCGCAGCUCUGUGCAGUCUUAUGCUACCCGUCUGACUCGGCUACUCAUAUACAGGCACAGGAAUGCGUUGUCUCUGUACUGCAAUCUCUGUGUGAUACAGAGAUUGCACUGGCUCCAAUUCCAGGACAGGGGCAUUCCACAGCUACUGUUACACAUGAAACAUAUCUUGCCAAUGUACUACCUCCCCGUGAGCUGCUGUCUGCUGUGUGUUUGGCACUGUUAGAACAUGUGGCUAAUGUGGAACACAGUUUUGCUACAAUGCUUCCAGCUGUUCGGACCUUCCUCAUGCUCACAGAACACGACUAUGGUUUUGCUCUUCUAAAGAGCUGUAUGGAGAAAAAGACAGAUGUAUUGAGAAACCUGUUCCACAAAUUCUGUACUGGCUUCAGCAAAGAUAGCUCAGACUGUUUAUCAACUCUGUCUACUAGUUUGGAAUUUCUAAGAAUAUGUAUUUCUUUGGAUGAAGAAGAGCCAGGUCUUGGUUUGCCACCAAGAAGCUUUGUUAUGACAGUACCAGAACUGGCAAGAGUUCUAGGGUGGAAAAAGAUAACUAAAGAUGAAGCAGAGAAGCAAUGUGCUUCCGACAAUGUUGAGAAGAGUGUGGGUGCUGAAUUGCCGGUAGAUGCUACAGAGAAAUUGCUGAACACCCUGGACAUGAAAAAGCAUCCUCUAUAUUGCCUUGAGAAACUACUUCGGGACUGCAGCACAGAAGAGGAUGCACUUGAAAGCCUACAUGAAAAUGUUUCUAGCCUCAUCCAUUUAUUAGAAGAUGAAGGAAGUAAACCAGUUGAAAACAAAGAUUUUACAGAACCACUCAUUCCAGCUCCAGAAUCAUUGCUGUCUCAGUUUGCUGUUCGAUCCGUUUAUGUUGUUGGGGAAGUAGAUGAUGAAAGGCUGAAUUCUACUUACUGGCUUGCACCACCACCUGUGGAUGAUGCUGAUCAAGACAUGGAACAGGUUACCUGUGAUCUUAUGGAAAUUACAAGGCAGUAUCUACCAGACUUUCAUUUGCCUAUGGAGACAGAGCGUUUGUAUCGCAUAAAAGAUCUGGCCGCAGAUGAUGAAGCUGAACAAAUGAAGAAGAGGGGUGAAGAGAUGAACAAAUAUUUAUCCCCAGAAAACAAAAACAAACGACCAUUCAUUGCACCCAUGCGUGGUCGUGGGUUUGGGAGGUCUGUAGCCCCACAGAGAGGUGACUUGUUUCGUUCAAGACCUCCAAAUACUUCCAGGCCACCUUCCCUUCAUGUUGACGAUUUUGUAGCCCUCGAAAUCUCAGGGCAGCAGCCCACUGGUCCUACAGGCUAUAAUAAAAUAUCUAUGCGUACAAAGGACAUGAUUUCAACAAGACCAAGGGGCCGGGGAAGAGCAUUCGCUUCAGACAGAGGACGCUUUUUCGGUUCAGCUGCUCAAUAUAAUCGUAGGGAAAAUGGACGUGGUGCAUCAAGGAAUGUUAAUCAAAUGCCACCAAGACUUGGGAACAAUCGAGACGCUGUUUCACCUGUUUGGCCACAACUUGGAAAUGAGGUGACAAAUGCAAACAAUCAACAAGUCCAGACAACUAGAACGUUUCGUAGUCCUGAGCUGCGAGAUGUGCGCAUGUUACCUCGUUCUGAAGAGAAGUUCUCUGGUGUGACGGGUGUUGGUGGAAACAGAUUUGGCGGUGGUAGUGGCAGUGGUAGAGGUGGUGGAGGGGGAGGUCGAGGUGGUCGCUCUGGGAACUGGACCGUCAAAGACAAUAGUAGAGAACGGUUUGGAGGUCAGACUGUUAGAGGAGGCGGCCGUAGAGAUCUUGGGAGACAUGCACGAUCGUUUACGAGGUGAAGUACUGUUGUAUGUUUUGUAUGUAUAUUAGUAUUAUUCAAGAAGUAUCGUGAAUUUAUCAGGUGUGAUGCUGAUGUGAGAGGCCACAUAUACAUUUUCCAACAGUAAGGGUGGAUUAUUUUGGUGAGAAUUAAUCUGGCUUUGUGUGUAAGUGCUUGGAGGAUUUUAUGUUGAUAAAGUUCAACUUGCACCAAACUGUGUGAAGCAGGACUGUCUGUCGUAUAUAUAUUUAAAUAGUCAGUGUGUUUUUGAUGCAUGAAAGAUUUUGAGAUUUGUCAUGAAUGAUCUACUGUGAAUAGAAAUGUUAAUUUAUUUAAUGAUUGCAUAAAUAUCCAUAAAUAAGAGUGUAAGUAAUUUUUCAUUCAUUCCAUGUUAAUGUCAAUUUACAAAUACUGUGGUGUUUAGAAAUAAAUGAUAACACAUCUGUGUAAUUAAUGUAAUAUGGUGUGCUUUCCUAAAAAUAUUGAAGGCUUUCGUUGUUUCAAUAUGAUUGAAAACAGUAUAUUCAAUAUACAAGAUAGCCUCAUUUUUUUUUAAUACGAAAAGUUAUUUUUGUUGACCUUUUUGAGUAAAAUAUUUUCUUACUAGUCUCACUGCAUAUGUGCAAAGUAUAUCUUCCCUUCUACUUUCUAUAGGUGAUCCGCAUUGAUCCUUUGUGAUUUUUGUUCUGUUGAUCAAAUUUUGUACCAAUGAUUUAAAUCUUAACUACAUUGUACAACAUUCAGUCCACAGAAAGACGAUGCAUAAUUUCUGCAUUUCAGUGUUUUCAAUCAAUAAGUGUCAUUUUGUAAUGAAAGUAGUUAUAAUUAAAUGUGCAAUCUUAACUGCAGAUAACAGCUGUUAUGAAUAUUAAUGUUAAAACCAGUAUGAAAUGAAAUAAUCACUGAAUUUAUGACACAGGUAUUUUUUAAAAUUGUUGAGUUCAUAAGGAAGAAAGUAUUGUACUUUGUGUAAUACUUGUCGGACCAGAUGCAUCGUGUUGCACCAGUUGAAUUACAGAUGAAAUAAAGCUGUAUUUUCAAACAGUGUUGUGUUAAAGAAUUUUGUUAUUAAAAAGACUAUAU